UAUGGAUCUCGCGGGAAGAAUUUCUUAGAAGUUUGUUGUAAAAAAAGCAUGAAUCCCGUACAAAAGAGACCAGGAUACUUAGUUGCUAAAGACUUCAAGAUUACAAAUGUCCUGGGAAAUCUGCAGGGAUACAAGAUUGCUACGGGGCAGAUUGGAAAGGAAGAGGUUGAAGAUAUAUCUAGACAGUAUGGGGGAGAUGAAGGUGCUGUCUUUGGUUCUCUUAUAACAAAAGCAGGGGACAUUCCAAAACGAGCUGGCAGUAAAAGAGAGAGUGAUGACUUGGCAACCAAUCAAGAAAGAAAGAGAAGGAAAAGAAAAAGGAGAAGAAGAAAAAAGAGAGACAACGAAGAAGAUAUAGAGCCUGUGCAAAACAAAAACACUGAUGUGACUGCUGUGGGAGAUAAUGGAAUACCUCUAACAAUCCCUUCAUCAAUAUUGGGUUAUGGCUUAAGUGGAUCAGAUUCUGACCAUAACAAUGAUAAUGUAAGCAAUAAAUCAAGUUCUGCUGCAAGUUCAAGUUCUGAUGAAGAAGGUGCAAGUAAUUUCUUUGGCUUAACUGAUGAAGAGGAGCCUUUGGUUUUAGAGACUGAAGCACAGCCAUCAUCAGUAGAGCAAACCACCACAUCUGACUCUAGACAACAUUUUGUUAGCUAUCAGCCUUAUCCAGAGGUGCGAACAGAUCUUGAUGACUGGGAUCACACUAAAAACAGAUACAAGGAAAAAACAAGCACACUAUCAACAUACAAAUGUUGGAAGUGCAAGAGAAUUGGACACCUUCCAGAAGAUUGUACUGUGAAUACUGCAUCUUCAUCUGGUUUUGGUUCGUCAAGCAUUCCCAGAAAACAUGUCAGUAUCUAUCAGGGGGAAGAUGAUUCUGGUACAGAUGCAACACUUCUUAAAGAUUUCUUUAAAAGAUGUCAAACUCUUCGAAAUUCAAGAGACUCAAAAUGUUCAACUUGUGGAGGGAGGUCCAACUUGGUUUCUUGCAUGGACUGUGGGUUAUUGCUAUGCGAUGGGCGUGGUCACCUUACUGAUCACCUGAUAAGCUAUCCAUCCCAUAAUAAGCUGUACUCAUUCAAGUUACGAAGACUGAUAAAAUGUUGUAAGACGACCUGCAGUGUGGUUGAUGCCACGAAGCUGCUGAUGUGCUCGACUUGUUUGAGCAAACAGUUUAACAGUCAUUAUGACAUGAUCAAUGCAACUUGGUCGAGGUCAGGUCUCAAAGGCAUUCCUAAUACUUUAGCAUGUGAGGAGCAUUUUCAGUGGCAUAGAAUAAACUGUGCUAAUACAAUGGAGGAACCACUUCUUUCUCAGGAGAAACUGGAAAACGCGACACAGCAAAAUGACGGCCUUCUUAGUGAAUUUUAUUUUUAAGGAUCUUUUUUUUUGCAAAUAACUAUUUAAAUAACUUGAUAGUAUUUGAAAUCGCUGGUGAAGAUCGAUUGCAACGACAUCAGCCUUGAAUGCGGUUGUCUGGGACUCCGCCAGCUGCGCAAUGACUUAAUGCACACAGAUUUAAUUUUAGAGCGGUUUUUAUGAGAGGGAAACAUACAACAUCUUGUAGUCACAUCUGAUUGGUCGCAUUUGUUUUGCCGUAACUUUGUUUUUUUUAUUAGGUGAAUCAACGAAAAUAUUUGAAGCGAUAACUGAGGCAGCAUUUUGUACUGUGUACAUCCUGUAAAUCAUUGCCAUAGUUUUCCACUACUAAAACCUUUCAAAUGUCAGGACUUUUCUGCUUUGUUUUUUGGGCUUCAAUUUAAAAGCAGUUUUAUUAAUUGUUUUUAUCGUUUGUAAAAGUUCAGCAGCAUACACGACUUUCAAAAAUGGCCGCCAAACUCGGUUGGGACUAGGGACAAUUGAAUGGAAGCGAGGUAAGUAAGGCCUCAUUAGUAAACAAAAAUCUACUCAGUAUGAUAUUUUGUGUCAAAGUCAUUAACCCCUUACUUCUAAAGACGCUUAAAAGAACUGGAAUUGGUGAGCAGAAUGACUUUGACACAAAAUAUCGUAGGCCAUGCUUACCCCGCUUCCAUUCAAUUGUCCCUAGUCCCAACCGAGUUUGGCGGCCAUUUUUGAAAGUCGUGUAUAUGCUUGAGCUUUUUGCUAAGUUUGUAUACAAGAGAACCAAUAUGAGAUUGAUAAAAAUCUAAAUCUUUA